UUUUAAGUGAGGCUUAUUCUGAAAUUUUAAGUAUUAUUUUUUUUGGAAAAAAUUUAAAAUGAAUAAAAUACUAAACGAUUUUGAUAUUGUUGAAAUGCUAAAUGGUUAUGACUCGGAAUUGGAUGCUUUAGAUAGUGAUGAUGAAAAUGGAAAUAAGCUCGAUGCUCAAGUUGAAAAAGAUACAUUUCCAAUUGAAGAAUUCGAAAAUUUAAUGGAAGAAUUUAAUGCUGAACAUUUAGAAGAAGUAGAGUUGGAUCAGUUUGAAGAAAAUGUCAACAAUAUUGAACAAGUAAAUGAAAAUGACUUAAGUACACCUCACAGUCCAAUUGAUAAUUUAAAAUUAACAGAGAAAAAAGAUAUAAAAUGGCAAAGGAGUCCUUUCCCUAAUUUAAAUUUAAAUUUGCAACCAAUUGAUGAUAUACAACCUGAAGUUAUUGGGUCUGAUAUGAUUGACCCUCCAAUAAAAUAUUUUUCAAAAUAUUAUAGUGAUGUAGAUUUUCAAUUAAUGGUUCAAUAUACUAACAUGUAUGCAUUACAAAAAGGAAAAACUUGGAAAAAUACAGAUAUAAAAGAAAUAAAAAUAUUUAUAGGUCUCCAUAUCAUAAUGGGCUGUACAAAUUUUCCAAGAAUCAGAAUGUUUCAUAAUAAGUAAA